AUGAUGACGACGAACGUCGAUAUUGACGUAAAUUCUCAUGCUGAAAUCCAAUCUGCAAAUCCACGAGAACAAGAGAUGAUAGCAGUUGUUGGAAUGAGUUGUGUAUUGCCCGGUGGUAUUACACAUUAUGAAGAUUUUUGGUCAUCAUUAGUAUCAGGUAUUGAUCAACGAUCAAUAGUUCCAUUUUCUCGAUGGAAUUCUUCGAUCUACUUUCAUGACGAAAAAACAUCGAAUUCAAUGAUUGGUAUGACUAAUACAUAUCAUGGAUAUUUUUUACCGGACAAUUAUUUAACUGAUAUUGAUCCAAGUUUAUUCUAUCUAUCACCAGCUGAAGUUGCUGCAAUCGAUCCUCAACAAAGAUUACUAUUAAAACUAGCAUUAUCUUGUUUUGAUGAUGCUGGUAUAACUGGAACAAAAAUCAAAGGAAGUAAGACUGGUGUAUUCAUUGGUGUUAUGAACGCCGAUUAUGGUAGUAAUCAAACAGAUCGAUAUUUGAAUAUAAACGAAUUCACCUCAUUGGGUUUAUCGAAUAGUAUUUCAUCAAAUCGAAUUUCAUAUACAUUUGAUUUACAUGGUCCGAGCAUGACUGUUGAUACAGCUUGUUCGUCGUCAGCUGUUUGCAUACAUUAUGCUAUGAAUAGUUUACGAAAUCACGAGACCAAUAUGUGUUUAGCUGGAGGAAUCAAUGUUCUAAUAAAUCCACGUGUUUUCGUUACAUUAAGUCAAAUGAAUCUUCUAAGUCCGGAUGGACGUUGUAAAGCAUUUGAUGAGAAAGGAGAUGGAUAUGCACGUGGUGAAGGUGGUGGAAUGCUACUAUUAAAACGAUUGUCCGAUGCUUUACAAGAUAAAGAUCGUAUACAUGGAUUAUUGGUUAGCAGUUGUGUUAAUCAAGAUGGUCGAUCGAGUAUUCCGAUUACAUCGCCUAAUAUUCAAGCUCAAAUUGAUUUAUACACAACUGCAUACAAAAAUUGUCAAUUGGAUCCAAAUGAUAUACAAUAUAUUGAAGCUCAUGGAACAGGUACAGCUAAAGGUGAUGCAAUUGAAAUUGCUUCGAUUCAAUCAUUCUUCUUAAAUAAUCAACAUGAUACUUCACAAUUAUUAAGAAUUGGCUCAGUCAAAACUAAUCUUGGCCAUUUGGAAUCUGGAGCUGGUGUUAUUGGAGUAAUGAAAGCUUUAUUAUGUUUAAAAUAUGCGAAAUUUGUUCCAUCCUUACACUUUAAUAAUUAUCCAUCGUCUUUUGUUAACGUUGACAAACGUUUAAAAGUUCAAACAUCAGUUGAAGAUUGGCUGGUUGCUGAAGGGAAAUCUCGUCUUUCUGGAGUAAACAGUUUCGGUUACGGUGGUACAAAUUCUCAUAUUGUAGUAAUGGAAUAUAUCAACAAAAAACAGCAAUAUUCUCUUGUCAAUGACAAUCAUCAUCGAAUGUUGCCCUAUAUCUUAUCAAUAUCGGCAAAGACCAAACAUUUACUAUCUGUACUUAUCCAAGAGCAUGUUCGAUUUUUAUCAGAUAAGAAAAAUCCACAAGAUCUUGAUGAUUAUUGCUAUACAUUAGCUUGUCGAAAAUUUCAAUUUAAUCAUCGUGCAGCAAUCAUUGGAACAGAUCAUCAGUCAUUAAUUGACCAACUCGAAGCUACAUCGACAGAUAUUAUCUAUACAAAUCCGAAAUUUCUUUUUUCAGAAAAUCCAAAAUUAACAUUUCUGUUCGGUGGACAAGGUUCACAAUGUAUUGGAAUGGGUUUGAAUUUGAUGUCUAUACCUAUUUUUGCUGAACAUAUGCUUAAAAUUGAUCAAUGGACAAGAAGCAAACACAAAUGGUCUUUAUUAGAUUCGUUAAAAACUAAUUCUUUACAAAUCGAAGAUCCAAAUAUAUGGACACUUGCUCAAGCAACAGUUGCAAUAUUUGCUGUUGAAACAUCAACUGCUAUUCUAUUAGCCUAUUAUGGAGUAUAUUCAUCAAUGUUAAUUGGACAUAGUGCAGGAGAGUUUGCUGCAUUGUAUUGUUCUCGUUUACUCGAUCUCGAUACGCUCUUAUCAAUAUUGUGGACAUUAUGUACUGUUUCAUUGGACAAUGCAAUUCCUAAAGCACAGAUAGUCGAAAUCCAAACAUCAUUAAAUGAUUUUCGCGCACUCUUGGACAGAUUAGUAACACAAUAUGGUGUUCUUUACGUGGAAAUAGCUUGUAUUAACAGUCCACAAAGUCUUACUAUUGCUGGUUAUUAUGAUCAUAUCGAGUUAAUCAAACAACAUAUUUCAGUCAAAACAUUCACACCUUAUUCAAUACCGUUCCAUACAUCACUUAUGGACGUCGUCAAAAUAAAAGCAAUGCAACAAUUAGAUGAAAUUUGGAAAAAGCAAACAGACACUUCAGUAUCUGAUCACUUUUUUCCUACAAUGACAAAUGGUCAUAUAGUUCAAAUCAUCGAUACAAAUGGUUUAAUAUAUUCCAUAGAUGAUCCUCAAAGCAUUCGAAUGAAAAAUGAUUGGCCUUUCUUUACGUCUCAAUACUGGUGGAAUAUCGUCCGAUCACAAAUCAAUUUUCCCAAUCAAUUAAAUAUCAUGUUAAAUACAACAUUUCAAGAAAAUGGAGCGUCUUUGAUCAUGCUUGAUUUAUCUCCACAACCAAUAUUAUCAACAGCAUCAUUGCUUUCUAUGGAAAAUAUUACAAAAACUUACGAUUCACAAGAUUUUCCUUAUACAGUUUUGUCAAUUCAUUCUACAUAUGAAGCAAAUGCACUAAUGAAAUUCACCACUAUCCUAGCUGAAUUAUAUGUAAAUGGGUAUUCAAACGACAACAUCUGGUCUAUGAUGUAUCCACUAGGAAAUAUAAGCGAUUUUCGUUUUCCGUCUAUUUCCUGUCAGAAUAGUUCAUAUUGGUCGGAAUCAUUAGAUUCUUUGCGUUCACGUAUGCUAGUUUCAUAUGAGAAGGAAUUAAAAACUUUAUUUAACAUGUUUCAUCCGAUGUCCGAAACAAAUGCCACUAGUCGUGAUCGUUUCUGUAUAUGUGUUUAUGAAGCACAUAUUCAAGUCUCGACUUGGUCAUUAAUUCAACAACAUGUCUUUGAGAAUUCAAUGUUAUUACCAGCAGCUUAUUGCAUAGAGAUUUAUUUAGCUAUAGCUAAUAUGCUUUUACCGAAUGUCAACUAUCGAAUUACGAAUAUGCAAAUGAAAGAAGCUUUUUGGAUGGAUACAUCGGAUGAAUAUUAUAUGCGAGUGGAAGUGAAACCGAAAAGUUUCUUAUCAUUUCAAAUCAAUAUUUUCGGAUCUAAUAGUUCGUUAUCUAGAAAUCCAACACAUUCAUUGACAUUAUAUUCAUCAGCAAUAUUCGAAUAUGAUUCUGUUGCUCCACUUCGACGUCAAAGACAAUUGAACAAUGACUUUAUCGAAUCAUCACAAAUAUGGAAUUCAACACAAUGGUAUGAAACGUUUCGUGACAUAGGUUUUACUUAUGGUGAAGCAUUUUCAUUAGUUCAACAUGUUUAUAGUCAACCGGAUAACGGUCAAGCUCUAGUUCAAAUCAAACUUCCGUUAUUUAUCAAACAAGAAAUUCAAGAAAAUAAUUAUCAUCUUCAUCCUGGAAUCAUCGACGGAGCAAUACAAGGUGCAGCUGCUGUGCUCGAUACUUCGAUUGCUUGUGCUUCAUUGCCAAUGGGUUUUGAACAAAUUGAAGUAUAUCAGUCACUUUCGAUGAUUGAUGAUGAUCAGUUAUGGGCGGAAGUAUUUGCAAAACCCAGGAAUCAAGAAGGAAUUGAUUCAACUGAUGUGUAUUUAUAUUCUAAUACCGGUGAACAUAUUGCAUCGUUGAUCAAUUUCAUGAGCAAAGCUUUAGCUCCCAAACAACCAACAUCCGAUUAUUAUAAACUAUCAGCUUCAAUGGGUGAUACAUCUAAUUAUAUUUUGACGGAAUUUAUCGAAAUACCCAGUAUAGAAAUGAAACAAAAUAACGAUAUAUUUCUUGUCAUUAUUACUAAUGAUGAAUUGAAAAGUAAAUGUAUCAAUAACAUUGAUCUAUCAGUAAUUCAAUGUCACUCUCAAACAUCAUUUCAUUCAUUAUCAUCUGAUCUUCAAUCGUAUAAAAGACCACUAGAUAUUGUAGCUAUCGUACCCGAUGUUAUCGAUGAAUCUCUUGCCGAAUAUCCAGAACUAAUAUACGAGAAAUUUCUACUAAUUAGUGAAUGGUUAUUAAUGAUUUUUCAUGUAGUUUCCGAACUACAAUCUACAACAAAUAGUUUCAAAAUGAUAUCAUCAUUUCAAAUAGUUAGUCGUUGUUCAUCUCCACAUAUCAAAAGUUCAGUAAUUUACGGUUGUCUUCCUGGUUAUUAUCGAGUAUGGCUCGAUGAAAAACCAAUGAUAAAAUGUCGUCUAAUUGAACUUGAUCUCGAUCGAAAUGAAAACAUUUCACAAGUAUUUGAUUCACAUGUUCUCAAAGAAUUAAAUAUGAUCGACAUAACAACAGCGUGUCAUGUUAAAUUAAAUCCUUCGAAGAACAAACGAUCUAUUGCACAGUAUAGUUUUGCAGACAUUUCAUCUGUUGCAAUCUCCGAAAAGUUAUUCUCAUCGGAGAAGACUUAUAUCCUCUUUGGUGGAUGUACUAGUAUGGGUAUUCAUCUAGUAAAUUGGAUGAUUAAUUUCGGUGCUAAACAUUUGGUAUUAGCAUCUCGAAAUGGAUUUAAGAAUAAAUUAAAAGAAAUGAAAGCAUUCGAACUUCUACAGCAAAGUUUAUCGAAUCAACAAGUAAAAAUCGAUGUCUUAGUCUUAGAUAUUACAUCAUCCGUCGAUAUAGAAAAACUAUUUGAAUCUUAUUCAAAUAUUGGUGGCAUAAUCAAUAUGUGUAUGAUAUUGAAAGAUUCGAUAAUUGAAACUCAUACAAUGGAACAAAUCAAACUUAGUUGUGCACCAAAAGUUCUUGGUUCUCUACUUCUUCAUUAUACUUUAGACAAACUUAAGUAUAAACUCGAUUUUUACAUGAUGUUCUCAUCAACGACUUCAAUGUUUGGUAAUCAAGGUCAAUUAGCUUAUGCUGGAGCGAAUGCUUUUAUGGACUCACUUGCUUUCCAUGGUCAAAAUCAGACGCCAUAUUUUGCAAUUAAUCUUCCAGCGAUUGAUGAUGUUGGAUAUGUUGCAGACAAUCAAGAUGUUCGUGAUACACUUAAAAAAAAAGGAUGGAUAACUGAACCAAUGGUGAAAAUAUGUGAAUUUUUAGCCAAUAUUAUUUAUCAAUUACAGGUCAAUCCGUCAACUAUUUACAAAAAUAUUGGUAUUUUAAAAGUUGAUCCAAUCAAAUAUGUUCAAGUCCAUCGAUCGAUUGAACAUCUUAGUAUGUGGCAAAAAAUUCUUCAAAACUGGCUCAAAUCAUUACCACAACUCUUCGAAAUUAUUCAUCAUCAAGAUGAACAACAACAUGAUUUGAAUCAAAAUAAUCCUCAAAUAAUUUGUAAGAUAGUGACAAAUUUAAUUGCAACAAGUUCCGGCCUAUCGGAACAUGAUCAAGUACCGAAUGAAACUCGACUUUCAGAUUUAGGAUUUCAUUCAUUAGCUGCAUUGGAAUUGAAAGCUAGUAUUAGUCGAUUAUUUCGAAUUGAUUUACCCAUAUCAUUUCUACUUGGAACGAACACAACGAUUAAACAAAUUCAACAAAAAGUUCUGGACAGCACAAAAAAGAAUCCGGAAAACAGCAACUUUCUCGAAAUGUCAUCAAAAACAGAACAUACACACGAUGAUUCAUCAACGAUUGUAUUUACAACUGAUGAGAUAUCGCUACAAUUACCAGUAGAAAUUCCCAUAAUCAUACCAUUUUGUAGUACUUCUUUGGAAUUACUUCGUAAAAAACUUGAUGAUGUAAUCAUCUAUUUGCAAACAAUUGAUACAAUAACAUUUCCUUUUAUACUUUUGCAUAAGAUACGUACAUGGAUCGAAGAUGCUGAGAAAGAAGAAUUACGUGAAUCCUAUCAAAUGUUGAUCACAAUUUCAAGUUUAGACAAGACAUCUGUUCUUGAUCAAUUCUCAAGAACAUUAUCUCAAUCUUCAUUAGAUAAUCCUCUCGUCAUAUUUUUAUUUCCUGGUCAAGGUGAACAAUAUUUGAAUAUGUCUGCUGGAUUGUAUAAAUACAAUAAAACUUAUCGCAAAUAUGUUGAUUCUCUUUGUGAAUUAAUUAGUUCGAAUCGAUGGUUACCCACACCGAAGGAAAUCGAAUAUCCGGAAUUCAACUUACGACAUCUUCUCUUUCCAUCGACUGCACCCGAACAACUUGAUCCAACCACAAUCGACGGCAUACUUUCACAAACUGAAUACGCACAACCAGCUAUCUUUAUUAUUUCCUAUGCAUUGACACAAUAUCUUAUGAAACUUGGAAUCAAACCAUCGUAUUGUUUUGGUCAUAGUAUUGGUGAAUAUGUCGCUGCUUGUAUAUCAGGAGUGUUGACUGUUAUCGAUGCAUUAGAUAUUGUAUGUCAUCGAGCGGUCUUUAUGAGUCAAUGUUCACGUGGAAAAAUGCUUGCUGUCAAUCGAAAUUUAUUUGAAACGGAAAAUUUACUAUCUGAAUUUGAUUCGACAAAAAUGAAAUUAGAAAUAUCAGUAUGCAAUUCUGAACAACAGACAGUUGUGGGUGGAUCAGAUGAACACAUUCAUUCUUUUCAAACUUGGCUCAAAGAUAAAUCAAUCAUUCACAAAGAAUUAGCAACAUCUCAUGCAUAUCAUACAUCUAAUAUGCGUCCAGCAGCCGAGAAAUUGACACAUUUUCUUUCGAGAUUAUCAACAGUAUUUCAUACUCCUGAAAUACCAUAUAUGUCAAAUCUAACUGGUGAUUUAAUUACUGCUGAACAAGCGAUGGAUUUACAUUAUUAUGGAGAACAUAUGUGUAAGACUGUUCAAGCUUGUAAAAAUAUUGACAAUCUUAUUCGUCUAAUAAAACAUCAACAAUCAACUGCGAUGUUUAUUGAAAUUGGUCCUGGUCAUACAUUAACUAAUUUAGUAAAACGACGUUUACGUCAACAGACUUUCAACAAUCUAAAAACAAUGACAAUGCUCAAUACAUUAAAUUCAAAACGAAAUAUUGAAAAGUCAAUUACAUUCGAAGAUAUCAAUGUUUUUCUUAUACUCUUGACUAAUCUAUAUAAUAAUGGAUUGUCUAUCUUUCUUCGAGAAAUUUAUUCUGAUAUGUAUUCAGAUAUAUUAAAGUCAAAUCUGGAAAUGCGAUUGAGCUAUGCUCAAGAACGUCUUUGGUUUAUGGAACAAGUCAUACCAAAUCAUGCAGCACUUCGUACAACAUCAACAUUUUAUAUAUCUGCUCCAAAACACUAUGUCCGAACGUUUCUGUCAAUAUUGAUUAGUCAUCAUCCAAUUCUUCGUACAUCUAUUCAUCGUGAUGAAUAUGGAUAUCCUUAUCAUAAAUUGCAUGAUACUAUUGAAUGGACUAUCGAUGAAGAUUUGUCAUUAUUAAAAUUACCAAAUAAAGACUCAACUGAAUGGUAUAAUCAGUUGAAUCUAAUAUUAAAAUUUCAUUCCGAAAAACAAUUUAUUCUCGAUCAAACACCAUUAUUUCGAAUUGUUUAUUUACCUCUAACAGAAAAUCAAGAUGAUGCUAUUCUACAUAUAGUAUUUCAUCAUCUAUUAAUAGAUGCAUAUUCUGGUUCUCUAUUAGCGAAAGAAAUCUAUUUGCUUUCAACAGAUAAUAGUCAACAAUAUUCAAAUGAACCAAUUACUCCAGCAAUUAAUUUCUUUCAACAUGCUCUCUAUGAACGUCUAAUCAUUGAUACUCCAUAUUAUCAACAACGAUUGGAGUAUUGGAAAACACAAUUCACAACGACUGAAUAUUAUAGUAUACCAAUUGAUGAGAAUAUCAGUCAUACUGUUCUUGAUCAAUAUCAUUCAAUAGCAGUUGAUAAUAAUCUUCUGAUUAAUAUAAAGCAAAUUGCAGCUGACAUCGGUGUAACAAUUAACUCAUUUUUAGCUUCUAUCUUAACAAUUGUUCUUGCACGAUAUAAUAAUGGUAGAUCAUCUCAUAUAGCAUUUGGUAUGACAGAAGCACGAUAUUCAUUAGUCGAAGCUCAAUCUGUUGUUGGUUGUUUUGUUAAUCUGUUAAUAAUACGCAGUAGAAUAGAGAAUAAUUUUUCAAUCAAAGAUACAAUAUUAUUAAUCCAUAAUUUAAUAUUAAAAGCGAUGGACAAUUCUUAUCCAUUUAUUGAAAUCAUUAGUAGAUUAAAACUUAAACGAAAUGUUAAUUUUAAUUCGUUAUUUCAAAUUUUGUAUAAUUUUCGACAGUUAACAUUUUCAUCGAACAAUGAACAAAUUCAAAAAAUUGGACAUGAUGAAUAUCGUACUCCUCAAUUUGAUUUAGAAUUUCAUAUAAACUGUUAUGAUAAUAAAGAAUUAAAAAUAUAUAUGUUAGCUUCAGCUCAAACUCAUCAUUUCGCAUCAUUUAUUGUUGAUAGUUAUGCUUGUAUCUUAGAACAAAUUUGUUACGAAAAAAAUUCAACAAACUUAUCGAUAUUUGAUCUAACGCUUCUAUCAAAUGUCGGAAGUGAAAAAUUAAUGCAAAUGAUGAACAAUACUACGAUAAAUAUUAAUAAUUCAAAUGGGAAUCAACAUCAUGUUUCUGAAGAUCUUGUUUCCGAAUUUAAUAAAAUUGUCGAACAAUAUCCAAAUAAUCUCGCUAUUGUUGAUCCGGAAAGAAAAAUUCAACUUACAUAUCAACAAUUAUCAGACUAUUCCACAUAUUUUGCACAAGAAAUCCUUCAGACAUUCAAAUGGUAUUCACAAACUGAAAAGUAUAUCGGACUUUAUCUCGAACGACAUGCAUUCAUCCCAUUAACAAUAUGGUCUGUUUUAAAAUCUGGUGCUGCUUAUAUUCCCUUGGAUCCACAAUAUUUUCCUGCUGAACGAUUAAUAAAAGUCGUACGAACAACACCAAUUCAUAUCAUUAUCACAUCGAAAAGUUUAUUAGGUCAACUAAAACAAAUACUUAAUGAAAAAGACAUUGAAAUUUUACUCUGUGAUUCAAUGCUCUUAUUCAAUCAUUCAAUAAAGCAAUUUACAAAUCCAAUAAUUACUCAAGAUAGUACAGCUUACGUUGAAUUUACAUCUGGUUCGACAGGUAUGCCAAAAGGCGUUCCAAUAACACAUGGAAAUCUACUUAAUCAAUUUAAAUCCUGUCUACAUAUGUACAAAUUUAAUAGUGAAUGUAGAUGUCUAGCAUUUCAUUCAUUUGCUUUCGAUCUUCAUGCAUGGGAAAUAUUCGGAACAUUUUUCAGUGGUGGUUGUUUAAUUAUACUUCAUGAUGCACGUGAUAUGGACGAAAUGUUUCGUCUAUGUAAACAAACAAAUAUCACACAUAUCAGUAUAACUCCAUCAAUUUUUCGAUAUUUUCUAUCUGCUCAUCGUAAUGAAAUUCUACCACUAUUAAAAUGUAUUAUGUUAUGUGGAGAAAAAUUUGAUUAUUCAUUAGUACGAGACUGGUAUGAGCUUUAUUCAAAUCGCGAUGUUUUGUUGGUAAAUGCAUUUGGUAUAACAGAAACAACGGUAGUUAACUCAUAUCGAAUGAUAACAAUCGAUGAUUUAAAUCGAAAUGAGACAUUAUCAUCAAAAAGUUGGAUUGGUCAUCCGAUGAAAAACAAUUAUUUCGUUGUCUUGGACAAGAAACAACAACUUGUACCUCCAUUCAUACCAGGUGAAUUAUAUAUUGGAGGUGAUUGUGUCUCUAUGAAUGGAUAUAUUAAUUCUCCAUCAUCAAAUGUAAAUUUUUUACAAUUGAAAUUAUACAAAUACGAACAUGUCAAACGAUGGUAUCGGACUGGUGAUCUUGUUCUCUAUGAUCCAAUCAUCGAUGAUUUUGCUUAUUUGGGAAGAAUUUGUCAACAAAUUAAAUUAGGUGCCGUUCGAAUUGAACCACAAGAAAUCGAAAAUGUAUUAAAUCAAAUUGAUGGUAUAUCUCGUUCAGUUGUUGUAGCUAUCACAAUUAAUGAUAGUUUACAAUUAGUAGCUUAUUUAGAAAAAAACAAUCAGAUAGAUAAUAAUAAUAAUAUUUCUUCUAUUCAUCGAAUACGUGCUCGACUUCAACAAUCACUUCCACAAAUUAUGAUUCCGUCAAGAUUCAUUUUUCUUUCAUCAUUUCCAUUAACAAAUAGUGGAAAAAUCGAUCGAAUUCUACUCAGUAAAUUCGAAGCUAUGCAGGAAUAUACUAAGAAAAUGUCAUCAGAAAAACAAAUUCUGACAAAACCAACAAAUAAAUCUCAUCUUUUAUUUGAUUCAAAUAUUGACAUAUACGAACAAUAUCACACGGAAAAUAUCAAUGAAAAUGGCCAUUCAAAUUAUGAGCCGAAUGAAACUAUACUUCCAAGUAAAGUUGUCACAAAUGGAUCAACUGAGAAAAAACCAAUACCUAUAUUCAAGGAUCAUAUUCAUCAUCAAAUAGUAAAUAUCUGUAAUUUCGUUGUUGGUCAUCAUAUAUCUCUAACAAGUCGAUUAUUCGAAGAUGAAGGUCUAACAUCAUUACAAGCUACUCAAUUAGUUUAUUUGAUCAAUUCAACAUUUGGUUGUCAAUUGCCAAUUAAUACUAUUUAUUUACAUUCAACUAUUCUUCAACUAGCUGAUUAUCUCCGAUCGCAAAGUCAUGUCGAAUAUACACCUUUAGUACAUCUAAUCGUAAAUGAUUCUAAAUCUAUUCAUAGAGAUGAUCAAUUAUCAUUGAUAUUUAUUCAUCCGGCUGGCGGUGGAAGUAUUCAGUAUAUAAAUCUAGCGCAGAAAAUCUCUCAGAUCUUUCCUGAUCUACGUUUAUAUUGUUUGGAACGUAGUCAGAAAUAUGUAAGCAUCGAUCUGAUCAAUCUCUAUUCGGAAACAUUAAAAAGAAAUUUUCUGAAGAGAAAAAUUGCUCUUAUUGGUUACAGUCAAGGUGGAAAUAUUGCAUUUGAUUUAGCAAAACGUUUGUCAACUGAACUCGAUAUUUGUUUUGUUGAAUUAAUUGAUUCGAAAUUAAAUGAUACGAAUGCAAAUUAUACCGAUGCACAAAUUUUAUCUUCAUUGAUUGAUAUUAUUGAUAGAGCAUCUAAUACAAAUCAUAAUCAUAUUCAACAAUAUUUAUCACAAUAUCAAUCAAAACAGUCAACAUUGAAAUUAUGUAAAAUUGUUGCUAGUAAUAUUAAUAUUGUACCAUUUAAUAAUGAAACAAAUUUAUCGAAUUUUAUUCAAUCAUUUCGACAAGAUAUUUCGCUAUGUGAUAUUUUAUUACCAGAGCGUUUUCCAAAAGGAAUACCAGUCAUUUUUAUAGCUGCCAAUGAGACUAGUCGUCAACUAGCUGAACAAUGGAAUAAAUUUGUCACUGUUAAUCUAUUUGUAUUAAUGAGUGAUCAUCGUUCAGUACUAUAUGAUCCUCUACUAAUUGAUUAUUUAAUAAAUACUAUUAAACAAUAUGGAGGUUAUCGAUGUGAUCAAGAUUAUUCGAAGAAGGAAGAAAAUUCUUCACGAACAGAUGUCGAGAAAGUACCACAUUUAACGAAAGUUAAAGAAAAACAAAUUACUCAUAUGGAAAUGCAUUUCGAGAAAUUAUUGAUCGAUGCUAAUUAUCAAUUAUCAUUAGUAAAAUCAAAUACACUUCAAUCCAUACUUCUUUAUGCAACUAUAUUACAUAAUACUUUCCUCAAUACAAAAAUGAUUGAUAAUACAUUUGAUAUCUUAGACAAUUUAGAUACAGGAAAUUCAUGUGCAGAACCAUUUCAACCAUUUGUUAUGGCUAUUCAAUCAGCAGCUAGAGAGACAAACACAUAUAGACAAUAUCAACCGACUCCUAUUAUUGACGAAAAUUUACAGAAUAUUAUUCUUCGUUUUUGUAAAGCAAUCAAAUGGUUAAAUAUUGAUACUGAUCAGCAGUUCAUCAUCGAUGAUUUAAGUGUGACAAUGGGAGCAGGAACGACACAACUGUGGGAUUGUAUUCUUCGAACAGUUCUUCUACGUAAAGAUGAUGUUGUUCUAGUACCAUCUCCAUCAUAUGGUUUAUUUUUACCGCAAAUUGAAAUGCUCGGUGGUCAAAUUGUCUUUAUUCCAUUAGCUAAGGAGAAUGAUUUUAAAUUACGAAAUUUUCAACUACAAUCAGCAAUUGUUGAUACGCAUUUAAAAUUGAUUCGAAAUUGGUUGAAAGAACUACCAUUUAAAUUGAAAAAUUUACUUCGUACAUUGUACGAUGAUUAUAUCCUAAUAGAACCAAAUGAUUCGAUGAAAAAAAUAAUCAAAACACAAAUCUAUGAAUUUGUACAACAUCUACAAGAUACAAUUCUUAUUAAAAGUCAAGAAGAUUUAUGUCUUUGGAAAUAUAUUGAAGAUGAAUUAUCAGAAUUUCUGUGUAAGUAUUUAUUGAACGGAGAAACACGAUUAUUGGCUGAGAUUCAGAGUAAUGGCUUAAAAUCCAAAUUAUGUCCUGGUCCACCUCGAAUUGUUGCACUACUACAUAUUAAUCCAUCGAUAUUUGGCACAAUUUAUACCAAAGAUGAUCUAAUCGAAUUAGCUAAAAUAUGUGAACAACAAAAAAUAUGUGUUAUUGAAGAUUUAGCAUAUGCAUUAUUACAAUUACCAAUUGAAAAUCAAUUUAAUACUUCUAUUGGAACAUUUCAUAGUUUAAAAUCAGAAUAUGAAAACAUGAAAUUAAUUCUUUUGUUUGGUCUAUCAAAGCCUUUUGCUAUUGCUGAUAUGCGCAUAGGUAUUGCAAUUGGAAAACGAGCAAUCAUUGAACAAAUUAAUGGCAUAUUAGCUACAACAUCACUUUUCACUUCAGUUUUCUUACAAUCAUCUAUAUCAGCCGUAUUUUCAUUGGAACAUUCAAGAAUCAUUGAUUACUUAGCAAUGAAUGCUCAUCAUUAUAAAACUAAACGAAAUAUUCUUUUAACUUGUUUAAUGGGUUUCAAUCAAUUAGAAUAUCAAAGAACAAUUGAACAAUCGGAAAUUGAUGAGACCAAAUUCAUACUAGAAAAAAUUAUACGACAGAAGAAAUACGAUGAAACAAUGAUUAAAUUAUUCGUUGCUAUUGGAUUAUCGGAAUAUUUUACUGUUUGUUGUAUUCCGACAGCAGGAUUUUUUAUUAUUGUUAACUGUGAACGAUUUUUGCAAUCGAUCGGUCGCCAUUAUAAGAUUAAAUCAUCGUUUGAAGUAGCUUUGUUUCUAUCUCAUUUCUAUCGAAUUCGAGUCAUACCAGAAGAAAUAAUGGGAAUCGAUCCACAACAAACUACGCCACCACAAUUACUUCGACUAUCCUACUCAAUCAACAAUGAAAACAUUGUGGAAGCAGCAUUCACAAUUUUUUCUGGGUUAUUCGAACUGAAAACUCGUGCUAUGUAA